UCUCUACCUCUCCUCACGCCUCCCCGGUUUCUCUCUCCUCACACGGAGCAAACAAGAAACUGAAGGAGCGCAAUGGCAACGCCAACGGGCAGCCAGAGGCCAGAGCCAUCGGCGUUGCGUCACACGGGGUACAUGCGGAGGGGGGGCGAUGAUUCGGCGCCAGGCAGGGCCUCGCGUCGCUGCCGCACUGGCUCAUUACGCAGCACAUCGCUGCUGCCAGCAGGUCGCGACGAGCGCGCAGCCCAGAGAGAGAGAGAGAGAGAGAAACAGCCAGCGGCGGCUGGCACUCGCAGAGAGGGGAGAGGAUUGACUCGCCAGUAUAACGCUCCCUCUCUAUCUCUUGUCCUGUUGCUCGCUUUUGCGGAGGGGCGGAGCGGAGAGUGGGGGGGUCUCCGCGCGGCGCUUUGCUCUGCGCCUUGCCAACCAAGGCCUCCGCCUUCUUUUCACCCUCUCCGGUUCUUGCUCUCGGCGCUGGAACGGGGAUUUGCUUUUCUUGUGCGCCUGCAGAGGACGGACGGACGAACCGGACAGCUUUGGUUCCGAGGCGAGGUUUGGCUGGCCAGUUGGUUUAGGCAAGGAAGUGAAACAUGGGUGCAACAGCCUCGAAGCAAGACCGCAACACCGCACUGCAGCUCUGCAAGGGUCGUCUGAAACACAUUGAACAAGCAAUUGAUGCAAGGUAUGCCCUUUCGGCUGCUCAUCUGUCGUACGAGCAAUCUCUGCGCAAUGUCGGCUUUGCUUUGAGGCAGUUUGUGGAGUCACACCAUGAGGGUGAUCCGGAGAAGUCCCCUCGCUCUUCGUCUGCUUUACCGUCCCCAUUGCCACCUGCAGACAACACUAACUUUUCACCACUGAAAGUGCCCCGCCAUUCUGAUAUUAGUCGCUUGAGGUCAGAAGUAAGCCCAUCCUUGACAGUGACAGUCAACCCAAGUGAUGGUGAUGCUAGCUUCAUCAAAAAACGGCAGCUCAUUCCGACUUCGGUUUCACCACCGUUGCCUUCGGAAAUUUGCCCCCCAUGGGAUUUCUUCGAACCAAAUGAUGUGAGUGAAAAUGUUGCAACCCAUGUCUCAGAGAACUGUGAGGCAACUUUGGAUGAUUUUGGCCAUGCCGGUGAAAGGGACCAAGCUUCCUCGAUCAGAAGUACUAGUCAAACAGCUGAGGUGCAAGAACAGUUGGGAACACAUGGAUGUAGAAACCUCGAUGACAAUUUUGACCAUCUUAAGUUGAAUUGCAAUGACAGUAGUGAAAUUGAGAUUGCUGAUACAAACUUACCAAAUGACUCAAGCUUACACAAAGGACCUGAUCAAGUGCAGACACAGAUUGUGGAGUGGCAGAAUCCUACACAUAUUAGUGACAAUAGAAAUAUUGAAGUCCACUCUGUAGACAAGGUUAAUGUAUCCAAAAUAUCUAUUGAAAGGGAAGAAGACAAGGGCAGUUCCGUCACCAGCGUAUCAAAAGAUUUUCUGUCUGAUGUGAAAGAACUCGAGCGUCAAUUUGCUCGCGCAGCUGAGUCUUGCCAUGGGGUUUCAAGGAUGCUUGAGACAAGGAAAAUUCGACUUAGCUUUUCUACCAAGAUAACAGGGAAACCGUCGGGUGCACUUUCUCUGUCAGCUUCCUUGAUCUGUUGCAAUGCUGGAAAUGUAGCUUCCCAUGAAUCAGAUCAGCAUGUCACAAAAGUGAUCGCUUGGAAUCGCUCACUUUCAUCACGAUCAUCAUCAUCUAAAAAUCCACUAUUUUCAGCUCAAAAGGAUGAUGACCCUCCAGAAAGCAUUAGCGAUUUUGUUGAAGAGUUUUGUAUGGUUUCAGGAAGUCAUGCAUCCUCUUUAGAUAGACUCUAUGCUUGGGAAAUAAAGAUUUAUGAUGAGUUAAAGAAUAUUGAAUCAAUCGAGCAGAUAUACGACAAAAAAUGUGCUCAGCUAAGCCAUCAGUGUGCAAGGGAUGCGGAUGCCAGGCAAGUUGACAAAACUCGGGUAACUAUCAAAGGGUUGUAUUCGCGACUCACUGUAGGAACUGAAGUGCUAUACUCAAUUUCAAAAACAAUUGAGAAGUUACGAGAUGAAGAGUUGCAGCCCCAACUUCUUGAAUUACUACAAGGGCAGACACGCAUGUGGAGAGUGCUGCAGGAAGUUCAUCAAAUGCAGCAGACAAUUACAUCUCCAACAGAUGCAAAGUUGUCAACAAUAUCUCCUCCGAGCGAGUCGUGGGGACAUACCUUGAUGAACCUCAUCACUGAACUGGGUGUCUUCUACUCCAGUUUGGCAGGCUGGGUUGAUGCUUACAAAAACUAUGUGGGUGGUCUGCACUCCUGGCUGCAGAGAUGUGUGGUGCAACCACGAGACCGGUCAGGCGGAAGGAGCCUGACCCUCUCGCCUCGCCAACACCUUGCUCCACCCCUAUUUGUUCUCUUGGGAGAUUUGUCCGCAGGAAUGUCAUUGCUCCCGUCUGAAGAAUCAUGUGAUUCCAUUAAGCACCUUGCAGCAGAUCUCAAGAAAAUGUACAGGCACCACCAGGCAGCCAAGAAGAGAUCUUCAGACACUGGGGCAGAGCGUGACAAAUCAGAGACUGAAUCGGAGAUGGCAGCCCUGCAGGGCGGUCUGACCACAAUGUUUGAUCGACUCUCGAAGCUCUCAGGUGCAAUGGCCAACUUGGCUGAAAAUGUGAAACGAGAGGCGGAGACCGCCCGGGAGGCAUACGCCAUCGGUCGUCGCGCAGAGUAAGUUACAAGAUCGUACCAGGUCAUUUUUUUCGAGUUCAGGUGUUGGUUUAUAGGACAGACAAAAUGGAAACAAGUUUUCUUGACAGAAAAAGAAUGACGGUGAUGUUUAGUUUCGGUA